AUUAAAUUUUAUCACGUAAUGGUGGCGGCUUGUUGAAUAGAACAUGGCUGACAACAUAUUAUUGUGAAUUGUGAUCAAGAGGAAACAUUCAACUAAUCAGAAUCUAACAGUAUUCUAACUUCAAAAGUGCAGAAUGAAUUGCUAUAUCUGCAAUAAACAAGAUGGGGGAGUGGAGAAUACAACCAAUUUAUUUGACAUAAAGGCACCAAAAUCGGGAUUUAAGAUCUCACAAAUAUUAUGCAACAUGACUGGGAUUGCAGUGUCCAAAGAAAAUAAAACUGCAACAACUUUAUGUGCAAAUUGCUAUAAAAACUUGUUGGAAUAUGACUUUUUAUAUCAUUGGGUAGAGGAAAAGAAAGCUAGUAUCUGUUCAAAAAUACAAAAAUCAAACCUUAUAAGACAAGUUAGCAAGGAUAUUAAAAAAGAGAAUGUCAAUACUGAAGAACCAAGAAAACCAAAAAUUAAGAGACUUGUGGUUCCUGCUUCAAAGUUACAGAAUUUACCAUCAAAUUAUGUUCUUAAGCCCAAUGUGCUCUUACCUUCAGGGAAGAAAUCCAUUGGAACGGUGCGAUCAAAUUUAAAACCAAUGGUAGUGUUGAAGUCAGAAGAGGCAAACAAUAUUACAGAAGCGAAAAAAUCUUUGCCUAAAAAGACCAUUAAAAGUAUGCCGAUGUUGGAGAUUGAACAGAAUUCAAUCGUUUCAUUGUCUGAUGGAUGUAGAGGUGAAGGAAAAGGAAAGGAGAAGAAAGAUGUGGUGGUGAAGGAAAAUGAUGAACCAAUGGAGAUUGAUAAAGAUGGUAAACCUUCGGAAAUUGUCAAACCCACUGAAAGUACUUCGAACACAAAUAAAGAGGAGGACAAACUAAAUAAACAAGACUACGUCAAUAUUGUAAUAACUUCUGGAUCCGAGACUUGUGCAGAAAAUAAGGCGACAAUCAGUAAAGUUAAAGAGCUAAGUGAUAAGAAUGGCAAACAAGUUGGGGAAACCACAUUUGGGAUAAAUAGUAAGAACAGCUUGUUCAGAAUAAUAAGAGGGAAGGAGAUUGUGUAUGGCGGAAACAAGAUAUCGCUUGUGAUGCCCGAUACGUCUACCGCCGACAAUGACGGACAAGACUCAAACGAUGAAUCGCAGAUCGAGUUGCAGCUGUCUGGGGAUGAAGAGACAGCUAAUGCGAUCAUAGCGGCUGCACGAGUCAAAGGUGGCGCUUUUAUAAAAGUUGAGUCCGGAGAGAUGUACCGGGUAGAAUCUAUUGAGAGCAAGAUACAGGAGGCCGAGUCCGAUAAUGUUGAAACGGAAGCCGUUGGUCAAAUCGGAACUGUAUUGAAGUGUCGCGUAUGUGAGAGGAAUAAUAAAGAGUUCACAGGGUCCGCCGUCGCGAUGGAAAAACAUAUGAAAGAACAUGAGGCGAAAGAAAAACACGAAUCGCGUGAAACACCGGCAGCCGCCUCGAAGAGCAAGGUGCAUAAAUGUGAAGUUUGUGAUAAAACCUUCAAUUCCCGUGCACUGCUGGUGGAGCACACGAACAAACACACAGGCAAUCGGCCGUACAGUUGCGACAUAUGCCAGAAGAGUUUCGGGUCCAAAUACACGCACCAAGCCCAUAUGAAGACUCAUGCGAACCGGCCCAGACCGUAUCGGUGCGCGGAAUGCGGCAAAUCAUUCUUGACCGAACACAACCUUAUGCAUCACCACAAAACGCAUUUGGGCGUCAAGGAGUUCAUAUGUAAAGACUGUGGCAAAGCGUUCAGUACCCAGCAUAAUUUGGAAGUACAUGGAGUGGUCCAUUCUGGGAUGCGGCCGUUUGCGUGUGAUGUGUGCAGCAAAGCCUUCGCAAGGAGAGCUGAGCUUCGUGAUCACAUGAGAAUCCAUACAGGCGAGCGUCCAUUUGAGUGCGAGACAUGCGGUGCGUGUUUCUCGCAGCGAUCCAACUUGUACUCUCACCGACGUGCCACGCACCUCAAUGACCGUCGCCAUCACUGUGGCACGUGCAGCAAGAAGUUCAAGCGGCGUCGGUUGUUGGACUACCACGUGAUGGCGUGUCACACCGGCGAACGGCCGCUAAAGUGCAACAUCUGCGAUGCAACUUUCGUGUACCCCGAGCAUCACAAGAAACAUAUGAGGAUACACAGCGAGGAAAAGCCGUUUUCGUGCGAGGUGUGCAAUAAGGGGUUCAAUUCUCGUGACAACCGCAACAUUCAUCGCUUCGUGCACAGCGAGAGGAAACCGUACGAGUGCGUAUUGUGCGGCACGGGUUAUAUGAGGAAACAUCAGCUGUUCCAGCACAUGGCCAAUGCUGGUCAUGAUGCACAGUCAAUCGUGGCAAAUCAACCAAGGGUUAUCAAAAUGAGUGAUGGUAGUAACGCCAUCACCGUUAAAUCUGUGAUCAUCAACAAAGACACUCAAGAGAAAUUGUUCAUAGAUGACACCGAUGAUGCAAAUUUGAAUUCCGAAGAACAGACUAUUUUGGAAGUAGAAGCUGCUAGGGAGAGUCCAGCGCAGAUCUACAUCAGCACCAGUGAUAAUAAACUUAUAUUCCAAGACGGUAAAACUGUAGAGUUAUCGCAUGAUCAAGACGAGGAACCGACGUUGGUGACAAUACAUAACAUGGACAACACCAUAACUGAAGGCAGCGUGAUUCAGAACUUCACGGCGGAACAACUGCAAAACGCACAGAUCAUUUCUGAAGGCAACGAGGCAGUGCGCUUGAUACAGAUCGAGCUACCGAACGGACACAGUGGCUGGGUGGCUGUCAGCGAGUAGUACUAAAAACUUAAGUUUGGGGGAAAUUGUGGCUUUACCCCAAAGUCGUAUUUACCCCAAAUGCUUCAAACGCAGAAGCAAAUGAUAGCACUCUGUGUAAAUGCACAGGUCAAAUUACACACAGAAAAAAUAAAAUAUUACACAGAAAUUAAAUGCUUGGUGUUGCCAGAACUUGGGCAACGGGUUUGACUCACAAUCGAGGCGCGUAUUACAACGAAAUUAAAAGUUUUAUUUUAUUUAUUCCAAACUGAAAUAAGUUUCGUUAAGGUUGGGUACUUUUUGUAAAUUAUUAAACGGAUAGAGGUGAUUACCCACCAUCAAAUGUUUGUGAUCUCUUAUUGUAUUUCCAUAUUUUAUUUAAUAUAUUAUUAUAAAAUUACGGGUAAUUAUAUCCAGAAAACUAUCAGUUACCAUUUCUUAACACAUAUUUUAUAAAGAAAAAUGUCAUUCACAAUCACAUGAAAAUAACAAGUCAUUGACAAUUUCGUUCAAACACCACCACCACUUUCAUUUAUAAUAUCUUAGAUCAUUUAUAAGUUUAGAUAGACUAUGACAGCUGUGAAAACGUCGAAAAUAAUGGACUGUAUGCGGUGUUUACAUUUAACUGAAUUUAGACAAGUAUAAUCGCAUUCAGCAAACUAGCUUACUAAAUUCAGAAGUAAUGAUGGGUUCUGAAUGACUGAAUCACUUAGAAACUUAAUUAGAAACGCAUUUAGGAAAGUGUAAUCGCAUUUAGUUACUGAUUUCAGUCGCUGGUGGCUCUUCGUGCGUGGAGGACGUAUCUAAGUUUUAUGUUCCCGAAUAAUAGUAAUAGCCUAAGCAAGUUUCAGAGAUAGUUUUUGUCAGCAGGCCUUGGGAUAUUAAAGAAAUGAAAUUUGAAAAGUGUCGUACAAAUCGCGAGUGAAAGCUUGUCACGCACACUAAACUAAUAUUCCUGGCCUGUUUUUAUCGGUUGUCUAAUAGCAAGAGAAUCUAUCUAGAAGUAUAAAACAUCUAAGGAAUCACGGACUAGUAAAAACAGAAGGAGUCCGUAAUAUUAGCAAGUGAAGCACCUUUAUCCUAGUGUGUGUGCGGUUACGGGGUAUACCAGAUACACAAUUUUUUCUCCCUUAAAAAAUCAUAUAUCCACAAAUACUUUUAUAGUGUUAUUUUUACACUUUUUCACAACGCACGACGGCAUUUUUAAAAUAUUUUAUUGCGACGCAAACUGAUCUGUCACAGACGAAUCUCAUAAUGGUGGCCGAUCGGCUUGUAUUAGUGUGUGUGCGUGUGGCUAUGUAUUUACACGUUCACCGGCCUGUUUUGGUGCCUCGCUGUUAUGUAAGGUGACACGGAGUCCUUCUUAUUUUACUAGUCCGUGCUCAGAAUAAGAUAUUGUUUCCAUAAUUUAACGCAGGACUAUUGAUACGUUUAAUAUUGUAAUCAUUCUCUUAUUUUCUAGUACUGUUUGCUAGACUGCAUAAUAUUAUUAUUUCUUUAACUAUUUUACGUAGUUAUUAGUUAUUAAAAGCAAGUGUUGUGUAACCGUAAAAUAUAGUGUGUCCCAUGACUAUACCACACCUUAAAUAUUGUAGAUGUAACAAUUUACUGUGUGCUUAUGUAUGCACGCAAGAAGUUAUUUGGCCUAAAAAAGCAAAAAUCCUUAAGUUUAUUUAUUCCUCGUGCUAUUCUACGUUUGUUGAAAGAACAAUAUUGUAAAAAUCUUGCAACGAUGGCUUUGACAAUUAAUUAUUAAAUAACGAAUACGACUAUACGGGCUUGAACCCUUUGCCUAUCCCAAUAAUGGACGAAGAAAGCAAAGAAAAAACGAAUGUCGCAAACGCCAGAAUAUUUUAAGAACCAACUUCAACCUGCUACUAUCGUGUUACAGUGAUGUGCAUCUUAAAAUUUCACUCUUAUCAUUUUUUCAUAACGCGCCUAAAGAAGUAUAACUUCAAAAAGGCUUCAUAAUAAGGCUUUUAUUUUGCUACAUAACAUAGGAUCAAAAAUAGAAGAAACACUAUGAAUUUAUUUAUUUUUUUAAUUUAAAAUUAAAGUGACCCAUUCUGUUGAAUAACAAUGUCGCAGUCUUUUGAUUAUUUUACUUCCUGUCGCUUUAUUGAUCAUGUUAUAGUCAAUAUUUAAAAUAAUAAGUCUAAGUUCAGUUUGUAGCUCGUGGACACUUUCAUACCAGUUCUUAUAAACUAAAUUUUUUAACGUAGCCCUUUUAAAAAUAAUUCUAGCGGGUUGAGGAUCUGGGGAUCUCGGUGGCUGUGGGGGAAUUUAUUUUGUUUGUACCUAGCUGGUUUGAUUCCCGGUUCAGGCAAUUAUUUAAAAAUCUAUAAACGCAGUUUAAAUUGUUUUUUAAACUAAAAUAAAUUCUUCUUUCAGUAAAUUGUUACACCUACAAUAUUAAAAAUACUUUCACUCCAUGUAGCACAGCCGUGGGAAGCCCUGUAUAUUCUGUUUUGCAGUGUGUGAGCACAUCAGAUAUUCUAAGUUUGUCUCAGAAUGACGGGCGCAGUAUGAUGUGAUCACAGUCUCUUCUUUAUAUCGUUUUGUAUUACUUUACGACUCAGACUUUCUAUAACAAGAUUAGCUUGUCAAUCUUCAUAUUAUUGUGUGAACGUUUUUUGAUUUUAAACAACUGACUAGUGACUAGCCCUAUGAUUUGUAUAUCAUCAUGAUUCUGGAAAUAAAUCUUUUUUCUAUUACAUAA